AUGAAAGAGGAGCGCUUAUGCGGCAGUCCGUCGGGCAGAAUGAUCUCAAUUUCUUGUUGGUUCUUUGUUAUUUGUUUGGUCUCAGGUGAGUGGAAGGUCGAGGGUAGAUGAGUGGUGGUCUGGCAAAGCAUCUCUUUGAGUAUUGGCAAACUCAAUGUUUGUGGGAUAAAAAAAUUUACAGCAAGUUUUCGUACUGUACCCUUGCUUUAAAGCCACAAAUUUUCUAAGCACAAUGGUCAGAUCUUUAUCAAAUUAUAGCAUUUUCAUCAGGCAUGACUACAAGAUCGGGCCUUUGGCAUUUCCGAGCUUCCGGCUUUUGAAUUUCAAUUUUUCCGCCGUUUUGGCAAUAUUUUGGCAUUGUGUUUUACGCCCGUUUUUGGGGUGUUUUAUCGUCGCCAGCAACAUCCCGAAACGAAAAAAUGUCCCCGAUCCCUGUAGAGCCACAAAUACCCCUUGUUGCAUAAUGCCAAGAACCCAAAAUUGACAUCACAAUUUUUUGUUUCAUUACGCAAAAAAAGUUUCUGGGAGGGGCUUGGCCUUUAAAUUUUUAACCUCGGACCCAAAGGCCUCCUCCGGCCCUUUAAGACAUUUUUUUGAAGAUUUUUGAAUUUCAAUUUUUCAUCAUUUUGGCAAUAUCUUGGCAUUGUGUUCUUGGCACCACCCUUAUUUCUAAAGGUGUUUUAUCGUUGCUAACUACAUUUCGAACAUCAAAACAUUGUUUUCGAUCCAUUUAGAGCCACAAAUACACCUUGUUGCACAAUGCCAAGAACCCAAAGUUGGCAUCCCAAGUUUUCGUUUCAAAUCGCAAAAAAAUUUUUUUUGCUGACAAUGACAGGGGCACGUCAAGAAAUUCCGGGCAUUGCAAAGGUUCUCACAGCGAAAAAAAAUUCAUAAAAUAUGUCAUCCAAAUCGCACAUAACAACAAUGUUUAACCUAUUUUUUUUUUAUGGGAACUCUAGGGAGUACUACUAGUCGUAUACAACUGUUUUUUAUACCACUGGCACAUUCUGAAUGGGUGUCAUCGUGACGCAUUUUUUGAACACGGUUCGAGCUAGGCUAAAAAUAGUGCAAAUUUCAAGGCCGAAUAUCAAAAAAACUGUCCCAUCAAGCGGGACGAGACCGAUGUAGAUACUCGAAGAAUAGUUUAAGGAUUUUUUUGACGUGGAGCCUAUACCCCCUUCCAGUUCUCUCUGACUCGGUAUCGUCGAUACAAAAUUUUAUUUAGACGUUGUUUUCUUCGCCUUGGAAGACUGUCAAAAUACUAUGAUUAUGGGUAUAUUUUGGUUCUAUUAGCUUAAGCAACUCUCGAGCUUUCUAUUGGUAUCAAUAUCUUGUGAUUUACUAUUAAUCUUUAUGUCAAAAUCUUGCAAACCAUUUGGACAAAAACGGAUUUGCACCGGGCAGAAUGCCAAAAAAAAUACUAGGCUUUUUCAUUGGGCGCCCGUUUUUCUUUUAUUUUUUCUUGACGUGAGGGGCCGGGGCCUUAAAUUUUCAAUCUUGAGCCCGGCCCCACAAAAGUUACUUGAGUCCCGGCCCCAGAAAAGCUCGGCCCGGCUCUUUUCAAAAAUUCCGAAGCCCGGCCCCUGCCAUUUUUGGGGUUAAGUAUCUCCGCUCUUCCUGAAAAUCAAGGGCCAAUAUUUUUAUAAAUUGACAUGUGAUCUAGACAGCGGAUAUACGAAAAAUUUGAAGGAAAUCUGACCGCAAAAUUUUGUAAACUUCAAGGAUCAACCUGAUGACUAAAACAAUACAAUACUGUCUUUUCCAGAAGCUGUAAUCUCAAACGACAAAAAGCAGCCAUAUAUCAACGAGGAUGGUGCUCAAGUCAUUCCCAUGGGGAAGGAGGAGGUCGAGGAAAUGUAUCGAAAAUGGACUCAGCAAGGCGUCAGCUCGGUGAUCGCCGCAUUGGCCAAUAAUAAGUGAGUAUUUUGCCGAAAACUCGGCCAUAAAACCUGAAAAAAAUAAAUGUUUCUCGUAUUUUACAAUUUGAAGAUUCUAUUUCACAACUUGCAGACUAAAAAAACAUCGAGCACGGGUACGUGACGCCUUCGGAAAGUGCACAAAAGAGGCCAAAAACAUCAACAUGCAGGCAAUUUGUGUUCAGCGCCUGGAGAAUGGGGAUUUCGCGCCAAUUAUUGUUCUUGGUAAGGUAUGUUGGUUUUUACGGACAUAGCCGACAUUGCAGCGUCUGCAGAGAAUUUUUGGGUUCUUUAAUGCUCGGGAAAAAAUAGAAUUUUUUUUUCGAUAUUUUUAACUGUCAUUUCGAACUCAAAAAUCAGAGAUCUUUACGCCUAAAGACGGGAGAAAUCUAUGAUUUUUUGUGUGAAAAUUUGGAAUUUUAUGUGGUACUAUUUUUUUUUGUAGUGAGCAUAUUUUUUUGACAGUACUUUUCCAAUUUUUCGGUGAAAAAAUGAAUUUUUACUUUUAGAAAAUUCAAAAAAAUUUUAAAAAAUGAAAAAAUGAAAAAAAUAUCGGUUAAUUCUGCAUAACGCGAUUUUAAAAAAAUCCCGCAAAAGCCUCAGAAAACCAUAUUUUAUUGUUAAAUUUGCAUUUUUUUAAAAUUUUUUUGUAUUUUCUAAAGGUAAAAAUUAAUUUUUUUUUGAAAUAAUAACCCAAGCGCGACGCUCAGAUUUUCUUUAAAUUUCGCACACACAUCACGCAUAGGUCAUAGCUCAAUUCCUGAAAAUUUUAGCUCUCACUUUGCUAGCAGAGCCGAGAUAUCAACGAUCUUUCGUGAGAGCACGCAAAAGAGGGAGAGCGGUCAGAGAAAGGCACUUUUUGCCCAUAUCUUUGCCAGUUUUGGGUGGAAAAAAUUGAUUUUUUGUGGAAACAUUAUACUCUGCGGUAGAAAUAAAUACCAAACUUUUCAUGCCGAAAUUCGAAAAAAAAAAUUUUGAACUUUUUCAAACUUUCGACCUAAAAAUCUCGGUUGUUUGUGGAAAACGCGAGCUAGGAGUCUUGUAUAUGUCUUAGAAAGAGCUAUUCUAAAUUUGUGCCAAGUUUCAUCAUGAUAUGAGCGUCGUACUGGCCCAAUUUUCGAGAGAGAAAAACUUGACCCAUGGGGGUCAGAUUUGACUCCAUCUGGCUGAGAGAUGCAAAUCGCGAGCUAAAAUUUUUUGAAAUUGAAAUUAAGUAAAAUACUUACGUAGUAAACAAUUUUUUUAUUUUUUUUAUGACAACGCAAUUUUCAGAACAAAACACGGACCCGUCUCGACCGCCUGAAAGAGUCUUCUCCUCAACGAACCGACCGAUUGAAUCGACUGAAAAAUGCGAGCAAAUCGUCGGCUUGGGUGGGGAACUUCCGAACGUCUCGCUCCAAACGCUCUCCCGGCGUUCGCAACAGCCAAAGUUAUCGGCUGUUCAAGAGUCACGGCGACACCACGCCGUUCGGCACUGUCGCCAAGAAUUUGCUGAAAUCAGUGCUGGGAAUCAAACACAAGGAGCAACGUGAACGGUAAUGUUGGAUUGGGGAUGAAAAAUGUGGCCAAAUGGUCUUCGGGCUAAAAAAAAAAAAAUUUUCAAGGUGAAAUCUCGGGAAAAAUUUUUUGUUGCAGCCGAAGAGGCCUCCUAAAAAAUUCGAAGAGGCCCCCUUAAAAAAUGUCGAAGAGGCCCCUUUUUUUCUUUUUGCAUAAAACGCCCGUUGCAGGCGAAGACAUAGCUCAGCCGAAGAGGCCCCCUUUUUUUCUUUUUCACAAAAAUUCCCGAGAGGCUCCCAAAAUGGAACUUUUUUUUCAAAAUCAAAAAAUAGGGUUUGACAUGUUAUACGAUGGAAAGAUUUUGUCAUCGUAUAACAUGUCACACCCUAUUUUUUUAUUUUGCAAAAGUUUUUGGAGCCCCCAUUUCAAUUUUAAACAAAUUUUUUUUAAAAAGGGGCCUCUUCGUUUUGGGGCCUCUUCAUUUUGGGGGCCUCUUCGGCCUCAAUCAUGUUAUUGAAGGUGAAAAGUUUUUUUGCGAAUAACUCGCGAACUAAUGGACAAAAAUUUACAAAACUUGAAUUGUAGCGGUCUACAUGCCUUUUUUACGACGAAAAAAUUUUUAGCUAAAUGCCCUUGGGGGUUUUUUUUGAAAUCAAGAUUUUCCCAAGAAAUCCGACAAAUUUUUGUUUUUGAAAAAAGUGAUGAUUUGCCAGAGGCAAAAACUAAAUUUAUUGCUCAAAACAAGGUCCCAUAGUACCUCUAAGACAUGAAUUAGAAACAUUUCCCCAAUUACCUUCUAGGUAAUCAGCAAAAAACAACUUAUGAUUCUUUUUCAGAUGGGAGGACGUUGUGGAACAAGCAAAAGUCUUGAACAAAAAAGGCUCCCGGAUAUUCGAGAAGAAUGGAGAUUCGGACGAAAGUCUCGACGACCCAAUGAAAUUCCGGUCCAUUGCCAAGAGCUACGAGCGAGAAAAGGGCGGAGAAAUGAUGGAGUUGUCGAGAAAGGUAGGCUUUUACUAUAAAGGGGACCACCUCAAGUGCGACGCUCAGAUUUUCAUAAAAUUUUGCACAUAGUUCAGGCAUAUUUCAUAGCUCAAUUACUGAAAAUUUCAGCUCGCGCUUUGCAGCGAGAGCCGAGAUAUUCAACAAUUUUUCGAGAGAGCACGCGAAAUGUGGAGAGUCAGAGAAAAACACUUUUUGGCCAUAUCUUUGGCAGUUUUGCGUGGAAAAAAUUGAUUUUUUCGUGGAAAUAUUACUCCACAAUAGAAAUAUAUUAAGAAAAGAAACUUUGAAGCCAAAAUUUUUAAAAAAAUUUCAAAUUUUUGCCAAUUUUCGAGCAAAAAAUCUCGAUGGUUUCUGCAAAGCGCGAGCUAGGUGUCUCGGAUAUGGUUUAGAAAUAAUUAUUCCAAAUUUGUGCCAAGUUUCAUCAAAAUCGGAGCGUCGCAAAGUACUUAUCCUGUAGGACAAAAAGAAGCCAUUUUUCGUCAGGCCGGCUCUCCUAAUUUCUUGUGCUCUCUCAAAAAGAGGAUCCUUAAAAAUAUGUCGGCAAACGCCUAAAAAUUGCCUAAAAAUGAUGACUUUGUCUACUUCCCUUGUCAAAAAAAAUAUUUUUUUUUGGAAAAAUAUCAGUCUGUCGGGAAAAUAAUGAGCACGAAAAUCGCAUCGAAAAUCGCACCGAAAAAAUGAACUAUAUCGCGACAAAGUUUCUCUUUACUUUCUUUUUAUUUCUUUUUACUUCAGCGACGCGAUUGGCCCAGCGGCAUUUUGCACAUUAUUUUCCCGACAGACUGAUAAAACAUUAACUUUUUCAUUUUUUUCCAAUUUUUUCUUAUCUGUUUUUCGUUUCAGCUCUCCGAACUUGAAGAGGUUGACGAGCACGACCCGCGGGCUCGCCAACUCCUCCGAGAUAUUGUGGACGGGCAAAAAGAGAGGCCAAAAGUUAUGACGCCCCAAGAGAAGGUGGCGAAUCUGUUGAAGGAUGGGCUGAAAUUGGGCUACUCGCUGGCUGGACAGAACACAAGCGACUUCGAUGAGAAAUCGUUGAGAAUUGCGUCGCCGAGAUUCCUCAGUCUGAUGCCGGAACAGGAGUCGAAGAAUGAGGUAAAAUGAUAGCGAAAAUGUUUUAGCUAAACUGGCAAAGAUACGACAAAAAGGCAUUCAAAAAUCGUAUUUCAGAUUGAGCUCGCCUCUCCGUCGCUGCUCAGCCUCCACAAUCAAGGGCAUGGGAUUGAAAACCUCACAAGUCUCCCGAAUCUCCUCAACGGCAUCAACGAACAGGACCGACAGGCGUGGCUGGACCUCGUCGUCGAAGCGUCCGGCGUGACCGAUCAGCUGAAGGACCUCGCCGAAGUAGGUUUACCCUCCUCGGCGUGGUGGAGUCUCGGAUAUAACAAGACAAUUUUUCGAUAGGUGAAGGCGAAGAGGCCCCUUUACCAGGGAGUGUUGCAAAAAAGGCGAAGAGGCCUCUUUUUUCGUUUUCAAAGUCCGAAGAGCCCCCCCCCCCCACCGAAGAGGCCCACCUACCAAAGAGGCUCCUCAAAAAAAGGCGAAGAGGCCCCCAAAACGAAAAUGCCCCCUUUUCAAAAUGGGGUGUGACAUGUUAUACGAUGAAAUUUUUCAAAAUGAAAAAAUAGUGUGUGACAUGUUAUACAAUGCACAUUUUUUUAAAUCUACUUUGUUGAUUGCAAUAAAUUGAAGUAAUCAUACGAUGAGAAUUUUAGUGCAGGCUAUACAUUUCACACCCUAUUUUUUCAUUUUGCAAAUUUUUUUUCAUCGUAUAACAUGUCACACCCCAUUUUGAAAUAAAAAAAAUUUUUGGAAAGGGGCCUCUUCAUAUUGGGGGCUCCUUUCGUUUAGGGGGCCUUUUCAUUUUGGGACUUCUUCAUUUUUGGGGCCUCUUUAUGUUUGGGACCUCUUCGUUUUAGGGACCUCUUCUUCGAUCUCGAUCUUUUUCCAUGCCCAAAAAAUUUGUUAUACAGAGACGUCCCGCCAGACAUAAGCUAGCUUGUUAUUACGGUGAUUGUAGAAUUUAGAUCAAAGGAAUGGCGGCCCGUUCGAAGAUGGGUUUGAGGGAUAUCGAAAGCGUGGCAAACGCGAAGACGGAAUGCCCUUGUACUUCACGAAGGAGAAUGUGACAAAGAUCUACGGGGAAAAGGGGCAGAGCAAUUUGGAGCACUGGAAUGGAUUGAAUAAGAUGUUCACUAAAGAGCAGGUAACUUGGUUUACAAUUCAUUGACUUAAGGCGGGGAUUUUGGAGAAUAGAUCCGAAAAAGGCACCUCCGCGGGGAGGGCACCUCGGCGAAUAGGGCACUAGGGUGAAGAGGGUGACUCGGCGAAAAGGGCACCUCGGCGAAAAGGGCACCUCGGCGAAAAAGGCGCCUCGGCGAAGAGGGCAAAUGGGCUAAUUCGACACAUGAACGAAGAGGUCACCUUAAAGAAAAAAUGAUAUGGCAAGAGCGGGACCAAGGUGGAUUUUCUAAGAUUGAUUGUUUAGUUAUGGAAAAGGCGAAAGUUCCAAAAAAAAUUUAAAUGCCCGCUGCAAAACAGACCUGUUCAUUUUUUUGGAAAACUAAACGAUCAUUGUUAAAAAAUCGGCCUUGGUCCCCCUUACCAUGUCAUGUUUUCUCAAGGUGCCCUCUCCGCUAGGUGCCCUCUUCGCCGAGGUGUCCUCUCCGCUAGGUGCCCUCUUCGCCGAGGUGUUCUUUUCCUCUGAGAUGCCCUCUUCGCCGAGGUGCUCACUUCACCCAGGUGCCCUCUUCAAACCAAAUUGGCCACAGCCCCUCUCUAAAAUCAACCUCAUCCUUUCAGCUGAAAGAAAUGAACUCCACCGGCUUCGCGAUCCUCACCAAGCCCCAGCAGCAGUACAUGUACGGCGACUCCUCGCCAUAUUCAAACCGCGACGCCUUGCAACGCUUCCAGAACCUCAGCAAAGCCGACGUCUACGACGAGCUGGACCGCGACGUGAAGGCGUUGUCGCGGCCGGGCGCCCGACUCGACUCCCGACUCCAGGACAUCAUCCUGGCGCCCGUCUCGUUUACCUGGGUGGUGGGCACGCUGAACGUGGCGUCCUCGACGAUCCUGUCGCCGGUCUCGUUUUCGCCGAGCAUCCUGUCGCCGGUCAUCUUCGGCCCGAUGAUCAUUUCGCCGUGGAUUUUUUCGCCGCUCAUUUUGUCGCCCAAGCUGAUGUCGCCGCUGAUUUUGGCGCCGUACAUUUUCUCGCCGAUCAUUUUGUCGCCGUUAGUGUUGCAUCCGCAGAUUUUGUCGCCGGGUGUGUUUACGCCGCACAUUCUGGUCCCGUUCUUGUUGUCGCCGCUGAUCCUGACGCCGCAGGUAAAGUUUUAUGACAGUUUUAGCUUCAGGCUUUAAUCCACUCAGUAGCAGGCGAAGAGCCCCCUAAAGACCCCCCCCCAAAAGGCGAAAAGGCCCCUUUUAUCAUUUUCACGAAAAAGACGAAGAGGCCCCCACCGAACAGGGCCUUUUCGUUUUUUGGGGCCAGUUCAUUUUAGGAGUUCUUUAUUUUGGGGAGUUUUUUCGUUUUGGGGGCCUGUUCGUUUUGGGGCCUCUUCGGUCUUUUUCCAUGGCCAAAAUGGAACUACUUCUCAUUUUGAAGAUUUUUUGAGGGGACCUCUUCGUUUUGUGGGCCUCUUCGGUUGGGUCCUUUUCGUCUUGGGGACCAUUCUUUUUGAGGGUCUUUUUGUUUUGGAGGCCUCUUCGUUUUGGGCCUCUUCUGUCUCAAUUUUUUCCAUGGCCAUACUCAUUUUGAAGUUUUUUAAGAGGCCUCUUCGUUUUGGGGGCCAUUCAUUUUUGGGGUCUUUUUGUUUUGGGGGCCUCUUCGCUUUGGGGGCCUCUUCGCUUUUGGGGCCAUUCAUUUUUGGGGCCUUUUUGCUGUGGGGGCCUCUUCAUUUCGGGGGCUUUUUCGUUUUGGGGACCUCUUCGUUCCGAGCCACAGAAUUUUGGGAGAUUUUGGAAAGCGACAAUUCGAAAAUAGACACUUUUAUAGCCCUGCCGGCCAGCCAAAGCUCUAAUUCGCUGGUCUUGCCUCAGGAAUCCCUGUUUUCUUCCGAGAGUAGUACUCUUCGAGCAAAUAUAAGAAUAAAAAAAAAUAUUUUUUUUUCAAAUUUCAUUUCAUUUCAGGUCUUUUGCCCGCUGAUUCUGUCCCCUCUGGUAAUGGCGCCAGUGAUUGCGAAUCCGGCGGUGGGCUCGCCCAAGGUCCUCUCGCCCUUCGUUUUGUCGCCCUCGUUGUAUUCGCCGCAGGCAUUGAGCGGCCUGGUCUUGUCGCCGUACGCGUUGAGCCCGUUGUUCUUCUCGAAAGUGUACUUUUUCCGUCUUAUCUUGUCGCCCUCGUGGCUCAGCUAG